UUUUAGCCAGAAAGUUUAUUCAACAAAUUAAUACCAUAACCUCAAGCAAAAAUGGAUGCAAUCAAGAAAAAGAUGCAGGCGAUGAAAAUCGAGAAGGAUAAUGCUCUCGAUCGAGCCGAUGCCGCGGAAGAGAAAGUGCGACAAAUGACAGAUAAGCUGGAACGAAUUGAGGAAGAACUUCGUGAUACCCAAAAGAAGAUGAUGCAAACGGAGAAUGAUUUAGAUAAAGCACAAGAAGAUUUAUCUGUUGCAAAUACAAACUUGGAAGAGAAAGAAAAGAAAGUUCAAGAGGCGGAGGCUGAGGUAGCAGCCCUGAAUCGUCGCAUGACACUUCUGGAAGAGGAAUUGGAACGUGCGGAGGAACGUUUGAAGAUUGCAACGGAUAAGUUGGAAGAAGCAACCCAUACAGCUGAUGAAUCCGAACGUGUUCGCAAGGUUAUGGAAAAUCGUUCAUUCCAAGAUGAAGAACGUGCCAACACGGUGGAAUCACAAUUGAAAGAAGCGCAAUUAUUAGCCGAAGAAGCGGAUCGGAAAUACGAUGAGGUAGCUCGUAAAUUAGCUAUGGUUGAAGCCGAUUUGGAACGAGCUGAAGAACGCGCUGAAGCCGGUGAAAACAAAAUUGUGGAAUUGGAAGAAGAGCUUCGUGUUGUGGGCAAUAAUUUGAAAUCUCUGGAAGUAUCGGAAGAAAAAGCUCUGCAACGUGAAGAUUCAUACGAGGAACAGAUUCGUACAGUUUCGGCACGUUUGAAGGAGGCAGAAACUCGAGCAGAAUUUGCCGAACGAUCAGUUCAGAAAUUGCAGAAAGAAGUUGAUAGACUUGAAGAUGAAUUGGUACAUGAAAAGGAGCGAUACAAAAAUAUUUCUGAGGAAUUGGAUCAAACUUUCCAAGAACUUUCUGGAUAUUAAAAGAAGCAAUUUUGUUGAAAAUGCGACAUUCAUUUUACUAACAAAACACGAAUAUUUCU